GGUGCCUGCGCCGCUGCUUCUCCUGCCGUCCUGGGGACCGGCCCCGCAGCUCCUCUCUCCCCGGUCCUGGGGCGCCGCUGCCCGCAGCCCUGAGUCUGGCCCCGCCGGGGGGAGGGGGAGGAGGAACAGACCGUGACCUUGGCUCCGACCUUGGCUGGCCGUGGCCUCCCCCGGGACCCCCAGCCCAUCGCGCGCGUACCACCCGGCUAGUCCAGGGUCCUGCGCAGAGGAGCGGGUGCUCGCGAAUGAGUCAGCUGAGGCUGCUGCCGUCCCGUCUUGGGGCACAGGCUGCAAGGCUCCUGGCUGCACAUGACGUCCUGGUGUUUGGCUGGCGCAGCAGGUCCUCCGGGCCACCGGCCACCUUCCCAAGCAGCAAAGGUGGAGGCGGUUCCAGUUACAUGGAGGAGAUGUACUUCGCCUGGUUGGAAAACCCCCGGAGUGUCCACAAGUCCUGGGACAGCUUCUUCCGGAAAGCCAGCAAGGAAGCCUUUUCUGGCUCUGCUCAGCCACGGCCCCCUUCUGUUGUCCAUGAGAGCAGGUCUGCAGUCUCAAGUCGGACCAAGACCAGCAAGUUGGUGGAGGACCACCUGGCCGUGCAGUCCCUGAUCCGGGCAUACCAGAUCCGGGGUCACCAUGUGGCCCAGCUGGACCCCCUGGGCAUUCUGGAUGCAGACCUGGACUCCUUCGUGCCCUCAGACUUGAUCACAACCAUUGAUAAACUGGCCUUCUAUGACCUGCAGGAGGCUGACCUUGAUAAGGAGUUCCAGCUGCCGACGACCACCUUCAUUGGGGGCUCUGAAAACACCCUCUCUCUGCGGGAGAUCAUUCGGCGCCUGGAGAACACCUACUGCCAGCACAUUGGCCUGGAGUUCAUGUUCAUCAACGAUGUGGAGCAGUGCCAGUGGAUCCGGCAGAAGUUUGAGACCCCUGGUGUGAUGCAGUUCUCCAGCGAGGAGAAGCGGACACUGCUGGCCCGGCUGGUGCGCUCCAUGAGGUUUGAAGACUUCCUGGCCCGGAAAUGGUCCUCGGAGAAGCGGUUUGGCCUGGAGGGCUGUGAAGUGAUGAUUCCUGCCCUCAAGACCAUCAUCGACAAAUCCAGUGAGAUGGGGAUCGAGAAUGUCAUCUUGGGGAUGCCACACAGGGGAAGGCUGAACGUGUUGGCCAACGUGAUCCGCAAGGACCUGGAGCAGAUCUUCUGCCAGUUUGACCCCAAGCUGGAGGCGGCGGACGAGGGCUCCGGGGACGUCAAGUACCACCUGGGCAUGUACCAUGAGAGGAUCAACCGCGUCACCAACCGGAACAUCACUCUGUCGCUGGUUGCCAACCCCUCCCACCUGGAGGCAGUGGACCCUGUGGUGCAGGGGAAGACAAAGGCAGAGCAGUUCUACCGUGGAGAUGCCCAGGGCAAGAAGGUCAUGUCCAUCCUGGUUCAUGGGGACGCCGCCUUUGCUGGCCAGGGCGUGGUAUAUGAGACCUUCCACCUGAGCGACCUGCCCUCCUACACGACCAAUGGUACCGUGCACGUCGUCGUCAACAACCAGAUUGGAUUCACCACAGACCCCCGAAUGGCCCGCUCCUCACCAUACCCGACUGACGUGGCCCGGGUGGUCAAUGCGCCCAUCUUCCACGUGAACGCCGAUGACCCAGAGGCUGUGAUAUACGUGUGCAGUGUGGCAGCCGAAUGGAGAAACACUUUCAACAAAGAUGUUGUCGUGGACCUGGUCUGUUACCGCCGGCGCGGCCACAAUGAGAUGGACGAGCCCAUGUUCACCCAGCCGCUCAUGUACAAGCAGAUCCACAGACAGGUGCCUGUGCUGAAGAAGUAUGCAGACAAACUGAUUGCCGAGGGCACAGUCACCCUGCAGGAGUUUGAGGAAGAAAUUGCCAAAUAUGACCGGAUCUGUGAGGAGGCUUAUGGCAGGUCCAAGGAUAAAAAGAUCCUGCAUAUAAAGCACUGGUUGGACUCCCCCUGGCCUGGCUUCUUCAACGUAGAUGGGGAGCCCAAGAGCAUGACGUGCCCAGCCACGGGGAUCCCUGAGGACAUGCUCACCCACAUCGGCAGUGUGGCCAGCUCUGUGCCCCUGGAGGACUUUAAGAUCCACACCGGCCUCUCUCGCAUUCUGCGUGGCCGUGCGGACAUGACCAAGAACCGGACGGUGGACUGGGCAUUGGCAGAGUACAUGGCCUUUGGCUCCCUGCUGAAGGAGGGCAUCCACGUGCGGCUCAGCGGGCAGGAUGUGGAGAGGGGCACGUUCAGUCACCGGCACCACGUUCUCCAUGACCAGGAGGUUGACCGCAGGACGUGUGUGCCUAUGAAUCAUCUCUGGCCUGACCAGGCCCCGUACACCGUGUGCAACAGCUCCCUCUCGGAGUACGGAGUCCUGGGCUUUGAGCUGGGCUAUGCCAUGGCCAGCCCCAAUGCCCUGGUCCUCUGGGAGGCCCAGUUUGGGGACUUCCACAACACGGCCCAGUGCAUCAUCGACCAGUUCAUCAGCACCGGCCAGGCCAAGUGGGUGCGGCAUAACGGCAUUGUGCUGCUGCUGCCCCAUGGCAUGGAAGGCAUGGGCCCAGAGCACUCAUCAGCGAGGCCCGAGAGGUUCCUGCAGAUGAGCAAUGACGACUCGGAUGCCUACCCUGCAUUCACCAAGGACUUCGAGGUGAGCCAGCUCUAUGACUGCAACUGGAUCGUGGUCAACUGCUCCACACCGGCCAACUACUUCCACGUGCUGCGCCGGCAGAUCCUGCUGCCCUUCCGCAAGCCGCUGAUUAUCUUCACACCUAAAUCUCUGCUGAGGCACCCAGAGGCCAAGUCCAGCUUUGACCAAAUGGUAUCCGGGACCAGCUUCCAGCGGGUGAUUCCUGAAGAUGGGGCCGCAGCACGGGCCCCUGAGCAGGUGCGGCGGCUCAUCUUCUGCACGGGAAAGGUGUACUAUGACCUGGUGAAGGAGCGGAGCAGCCAAGGCCUGGAGGAGAAAGUGGCCAUCACGCGCCUGGAGCAGAUCUCUCCAUUCCCCUUCGACCUGAUCAAGCAGGAGGCAGAGAAGUACCCAGAUGCGGAGCUGGCCUGGUGUCAGGAGGAGCACAAGAACAUGGGCUACUAUGACUACAUCAGCCCACGCUUCAUGACCAUCCUGAGGCGCACGCGGCCCAUAUGGUAUGUUGGCCGGGACCCAGCGGCUGCACCAGCCACAGGAAACAGGAACACUCACCUGGUGUCACUGAAGAAGUUUCUGGAUACUGCCUUCAAUCUCCAGGCCUUUGAGGGCAAGACAUUUUAGAGCUGGGCAAGACCUGUGUAGGUCUUGCUGUGGGUCGGCUGGGGACCAAGGGGGUGAUGAAAAGGGGAGGGGCGGAGCUCCUGCCCAGGAGAGGGGCUGCGGGGGCCCCAGGAUAAAACAGACUCACACAGUGACAGGGCCAAAGAGCCAGCACUGCUGGCCUUGGUGUCAUGCCAGAAUCUGCCAGGACUGAGGGAGCCAGAGGAGUCCUAUAGGCAGGCUACUGUGCUGGGGCAUCCCCCAGCUGCUCCCAUCUUGCUGGAAUUUCUUGGGCGGCUUCUCCACCUGUGUCUCAAGACAGACACCCGGGGGCCUGUGUCUGUGGCCGCUCCCAUCCUGGCAGCCCUGGCUGCUGCUCGCCCCACCCUCACUCAUCUGUAGAUUCAAAGCGAUGUUCUCUUCUGUGCUCUUAGAAGUAGGGAUUUCAGCAGUAACAGCCAGGUGAAGUGAACCUGCUGGGUGAUGUGUUUGCGCUCUGUUUUAUGGGGCAUUCCUGCGAGAUGUGUGAGCUUUUGUGUGAAAUGCAGCCACAGCUCAUGUGUACCAAAGUAGAAAACCAAAUCACAGAGAAAUAAAAACAUGCUUCAGAGAGA